AUGGGGCUGGUUCCGAGCAGCUCGGACACGGGACCUUUGAAGGAUGGGCUGGACAGGGUUUGGUUAGGGAAGGGGGACGAGAUUCAUGGGGCUGGGUUUCGUGAAAGUGGGGCGAAGGGGAAAAUGGAGUUGGAUGGUGGGGGAAUGACGAUCCACGCUGGUGGGAAGGAGGAGCUGGCGGUGGUUGGUGAUGACAACGCGGCUGGGGGCGGCAAGGGAUUGGCGUGCUACCAGGUGAUCGGGGAGGGAAGUUGGCAGGGAGACCCAAGUGGAGUGACGCCAUGGAAUGGGGGUGAAUUAGGUGAGGAUGGAACUGAAUUGCAAGAAGGAAAGGGUAUUGGGGCUGAGAGUGGCAUAAGGGGCUCUACGGAGAUUGUAAAUCCUGCACCGGGGGAUAAGGGAGUAGUUUUAGCGGAUCGGCAGGAUGACCCCUGUGAUGAAGCAAGUGAAGCUGAGUCGGAAACGUCCGAAACCAGACAGGCAGCUGAAAUACAAGAAAACCGGGAAGUGUGGAAGCUUGCAGUGGAAUCUGGAGCUGUGCAAUAUGAUGAGGAAGAUGAUAUAAUGGCUAUAUUGCAGGCACAGAAUGAGGAACUUGCGCGGAAAAAAAAAUUGCGAAGCAAAAGGAGAAAGCAAGACGGAGUCGGCCGAAAAAUCGAAAGAAGGGGGUUGGCGGGAGUUGGUAAACUGAGUAUGGUGAAGAGCCUUCGGAAAAAAUUUAAGUUGCAUAUGUUAGGACUGAUAAAAACAAAGAAGGAGGUUGUGACAAUCUUUGAUAUACAGCAAUUGUGGGGCAACAGGGCGGUUAGAUGGGAAUUUGUGGGGUCAGUUGGAGCUGCAGGUGGUCUAGUUUUGAUGUGGGAUGAAACAGUUUUUAAGAUGAACAAUUGCUAUAAAGAAGAUCGUUGGUUGUGUGUGGAGGGUGUGUUACUCCAGAAGAAUUUCUCUUGUGCUUUUUGCCUUGUUUAUGGGCCGCAUGAUAGGGCAGAAAAGCUUGUUCUGUGGGAGGAGCUGAGUUUCUUAUUUGGGUUAUGCCAGGUCCCAGUUUGCUACUUGGGGGAUUUUAAUGAGAUAGUUAACAUGGAGGAGAGAAGGGGGGCUACUUCUUUGACGGUGUCUGCAGCUGAGUUUAAGUCCUGGAUCCAGGAUAUGGAGCUAGUGGACUUAGUAAUUUCUGAUUGCUUGUUCACCUGGUUUAGAGGGCAAUCGUGCAUUCGAAUUGAUAGGGUCUUGGCGAGCUUGGAGUGGCUAGAGGUGUUUCCUGAAAUAAGGCUGCGAAGUGGACCUAGAGGGCUAUCUGAUCAUUGUCCAUUGAUUAUGGAGACCUCACGCAUUAGAGGGGGGCCUAGACCUUUUCGGAGUCUGGACUCCUGGUUUACGCAUGAAGGGUUCUUGAGGAUGGUAAAGGAGGAAUGGAGGAGUUUAGGGGAGGUACAGUUUAUGGACAAGCUAAAGGCUUUGACAAUGCCACUGAACAGGUGGCAUAAAGAGCACUUUGGGGGCAUGGACAAUAGGAUUACACAGUUUGAGGAUGAGAUACGAAAAGUGGAUGACAUGGUCGGUACUAGAGUGGCAGAUGGGGCUACUGAAGCAAGGAGGAAGGCACUAGUGAGCUUCUGUAGAAGGUGCCUCCGCGGAAGAAGGUCCAAUAGGAUUGAUGCCUUACUUGUGAAUGGGAGGUUACUUAGGAAUCAAGCGAGGAUCAAGAUCGCUAUCCGAGACUUCUAUAAGGAGCUAUACCACCAGGAGCCUUCGCCAGUUAUUGGGUUCAGGGAUGGGCUGGUAAAGCAAAUUCUCCUGGAAGAGGCAACAGAGCUAGAGCUGAUGCCAACUGCAGAAGAGAUAAAGGAGGCAGCUUGGGAUUGUGAAUCAACAAAGGCACCAGGAAGUGAUGGGUAUAAUAUGCAUUUUAUAAAGAAGUGUUGGGAAGACUUAGGUGGAGAGUUCACUGAAACAGUGAAAGGGUUCUUCCAGUCAGCAAAUCUCCCUAGUGAGUCGAACGUUACUUGGGUAGUGCUGGCGCCGAAGUUUACUGGAGCCAGAGAAAUCAAGGAUUUACGGCUGAUGAGCGGAUAA